AGAAAGCUGACCAACUCAUUUCAUCUGCAAACACACAUCAAAAUGAACUCUUUUCAUUGUAAUCCUUACUGCUCAUUCUUUUCAAUUCUCAUCUUAUAUGAUUGUAUAAUUUAAAUUUAGAUGCCGGUGUAUGUAUGUAAAAGAAGGAAUAAAGAAGUUUAAUGCACAUUUUGAAAACGAUACUUCCAAGAAAGCAAAAGACAAAAAGAAAACAAAGACUGCACUUGUCACGAGGUGACAUUCUGAAGCCUGCACGCUACCAAACAUGACCUUAUUGGAAACUGGACAAAUUUCGCUCUAUACACCCAUCCAUCUACACACAUUCCUGAUCCCGAUUACGAAAUACAUAUAUAUCAACUGGAAAAUGAAAUCUUAGUUUGUAUGGACGAUGGCCUGCAGGAUUGAUUUGCAGAUGGGAAGUAGGUUCGUUCUUCUUGUGUUUCUUGUUUUCUUGGCCAUACCAGCAAUUGCAGCGGUUCGGCGACCCAGCCCCGGAUUUCUCUACUCAAGAACCAGAGGAACAUGCACUCCCCAGUAUUGGAGCAGCCGGAGGGAGUUAUGGCCGAAGAUGGUGCCCCAUAAAUCAACGGUUUCCAAUGUUUUUGGGUCACAGGUCUUCGAGCGGUACCGGGAAGACCUGACGCUGCUGGAAGCGGCGGCGAGGAAUGACGAUGGAAAGGACGCGUUUGCAAGGCUGGUGAAGCAGUCGACGGCAGCGCUGCUCAACUCGUAUGCCCGAAAGGGGUACCCCUACGCGGCCUGGGAGGUGAAGACGCUGCUCAUCCAGGCGCUGGUUUCUGAACGCGCAGCAGCGUUUCAGGCUCAGAAGUUUCUUGAGGCGAAUGAGAAUUGUGGUUAGUUAUAGUUUAUUAGCUUGGGACGGGCUUUUGGUUUCUUGGAACGGUUGGACAGCUGAAAGUGAUAGCUUUGGUUUUGGAUUUUAAUUCAGAUCCAGUCACAUUAAUACUAGUAAUAAUUGCCUAUGCUGAGUAGUGGGAAUGGAGUGAUUGCACGUAAGUUGUAAGCAAUAGAAGAAUAUCUGCAACAUGGAAAAGUGGGUAAAAGAUGGCUGCAUUUCAGGAAUCAAACAAGCAACAUGGGAGAAAAAACAAGACAAGAAUCUGAAAAUUAGGCCUUUAUUCGAGUUCCCUAUGAAAUUCUGCAUAUUAGGAUAAGGGCAAUCUUGGUGAAAUCCAUUGUCUGAAGGAAAAGGAUUCGUAAAGAUUCUAUCUUUCUUGAUAAAUUUCCAAGUUAUGUUGAUUUCUAGAAGAUAUAGACAAGAAGUUUCAAGCUUAAACAAUAACGAGGAAACGAGAACCUAUUUUGUGAUUCUUGGGGUUGUUAUUUUAGUACAAGUCCAUAUGCUUUUUGGUGAUUUAUGUUCACACAAUUAAUUAGCGUAAGAUUUAAGCCAUCAACUGUUCUAGUUCUAUGUUUAAUGACUACUCCAUGACAAACUGCUGUCCCCACACGGCUUCUCCAGCAAGAAGCACUAUAAAGUAACAUUAGGUGAGCUUCUUCUCUACACUGUUAUCAGUUCAUUUGCUUCUCUUCUUCCUCUCUUGAGAACACACUGUUUGCCUCCGAUGUCUUUCCUGAAUUUGAAGAGACUGUUGGCCCCGAAAAAAGUUUGGAAGGUUUUCAAGAACAAAUUGCCUCUCAAGCUACACAAUCUCAACAGAUCAAAAGCGAUCAAGAAACCGAAGAACUUGUCCCAUAAAACUUCCAGGAGACUUGGGUGGCCAUCUCUCUCCAUUCAGCACAAGAAAUUCAAGAUCAAGCCUAAUCCUCAUCCUUUGAUCCACCAUCGGAACAGCCACUAUUACUUCCAAAAGAACCCGUCUCCAUCUCCGGUGUUUGUUGAUCAAUUAUUUAUUGAGACGGUAUCUACUGCAAAGGAACGUGUACAUCCAGCACCUGAAACAGUAGAAGCAGUAACCAUGAAGGAGAAAUCAUGUUCAUCCACUACUCUGAAGCAAAGUGGGAGUUUUGAUAAGAAAAGUAGCUUGCCAGGAUCAAGUUCUGAAGAUCGAACAGAGUUUGAUGAUAAGAAUAUGAUUACUGCAGAUGAUAUGUGGGAGUCGCUGGUUUUGGCCUCACCACAAAUGCAUGAAAUCAACGAAAGGGCUGAGGAGUUUAUAACUCGAUUUCGGGCUGAGAUGCAGAAUCAGGAAACGCUGGCUCGUAGGUUGUAGUAUUUAUUGCAUCUUAGAUGUACCCUUAGAGGAAAAGAAAAUCCUA